AUCACGGGGAGCGACCGGAAGCGGCCCGGAACCGGUGAAGCAGGUGGGGACGGGCGGACACGACGAGGGGCAACGGGCGUAGCGUAGCAGUCAUCAGGUGAGAAGAAGACUGAAGAAGAAGAAUGGGAAGUGAGUGGCAGGCGGGCAGACAUUCGAAUACCGCGCCAUAAUGGCAGCGAGCGUGCCUGCGAAUCUAGCAGAAAGAGAAAGAGAGAAGAGAGAAGGAGAUGGCGGUCGAGGAAUUGGUUCAUGAAGCACGGCGAGAGUUGCUCGCAUGCGGAGGUUGUGCCAACGGAGCGAGGAGGGGCGAGGGAUGGUCGUCAGCAGCAUCGAGCAGCGAGCAGGAGCAGCGCACUCCUCGACUCUCUGGGCCUCCUCCUCGGCUCGACAGGUCGCGUCGUCUCUGAGGGCGACGACGACGAGGGCGCCGAGAGAUGCUGGCGCUGCUGCUGGAUGUGGGGGCGCGGGGCGAGCGAGUUCGCCGUGAAAUUCUCGUUGCGGGGCGGUCGUGCGCGGGCCGGUGUUGCCCCGGCACCGCUGGGCUCGACAGAUGCGGGCUCGGCUUCGUCGUCGUCGUAGAGCAGCAGCAGCAGGCUCGGCCCUAAAUGCUCAUUCAUGGUAUUCUGUCUGUCUCUGAAGCUUGUUCUCAGAAGCAUAAUAUGGGGAGUGGCCAACUGCGUUCCAGCAACCCUCUCGAGCACCUGGUCUAGCAGCAGCAGCAGCAGCAGCUCGUCGUCGUCGUCCUCCUCUCGGCGUCGUUCUUCAUCGCGCCUCACCCCCCUGCAUCCUCCGCCCUCUGUUGAUGGCAAAGCCCCAAUUCGUGCACAUUAUCCCCACAUCCCAACCCCGCAGCACCAGCACCUCCCCGCUGCCAGUUUGCACGACGACUAUAGUUUCGAGGUCGACAAAGUCGAGGAAGUGAUGUUUCCUGUUUCCGGAGCCGGUGAGUUCAAGGGCCCCGUGCCCCAGAGGCCCGAGGAAGUGCCUCCCAAAUCCAAGCGCGUGGAGAGGCUUCUCCGCGAGCGACAGCUUCGCAAGAGCAGCCAGCAAGGUCAGUUGGACGAGUGGGAUGGGAAGCUCGAGAGUGAGAAUGGAGGUGGAGUCGGUCCUGGCAGCGGGCGAGAUGCCGGUGGCGACAAUCUUGAGUUCCCCGCGGAGCGACCCACGCAGAGACUGCUCGUGGUGGCGAAUCGGUUGCCCGUUUCGGCCACCAGAAAGGGCGAUGACUGGCACCUGGAGCUGAGCGCUGGAGGCCUCGUGAGUGCGCUUCUAGGGGUGAAGCAGAAUUUCGAAACGAGGUGGAUCGGAUGGGCCGGCGUGAAUGUGCCCGAUGAGCUCGGGCAGAAAACCCUGACUGCCGCUCUGGGGCAGAAUGGAUGUGUGCCCGUUUUUCUGGACGAUGAGACCGUCGAUCAGUACUACAAUGGGUAUUGUAACAACGUUUUGUGGCCCUUGUUCCAUUACAUUGGCUUGCCGCAGGAGGAUCGGCUCGCUGCCACACGAAGUCUCCAGUCUCAGUUCAAAGCUUACAAGCACGCGAACCAGAAGUUUUCGGAUGCUGUGUACUCUCAGUACCAAGAGGGCGAUGUAGUUUGGUGUCACGACUACCAUCUCAUGUAUCUGCCCAAGUGGCUGAAGGAGAAAAACAGCCAAAUGAAAGUCGGCUGGUUUCUCCACACUCCUUUCCCUUCGUCUGAAAUCUAUAGAACCCUGCCCUUGAGGUCCGAGCUUUUGAAAGCAGUGCUGACUGCGGACCUGAUCGGGUUCCAUACCUACGACUAUGCCAGGCAUUUUGUAAGCGCGUGCACUCGAAUUCUGGGGGUGGAGGGUACUCCCGAGGGUGUGGAGGAUCAGGGUAAACUGACCCGCGUCGCAGCAUUUCCUAUCGGAAUCGAUCCGCAGAGAUUUAUCGAGGCGCUCGAGACCGAUGUGGUGAAAUCUCAUAUCCAGGAGCUUCGAGCUCGUUUCGCCGGCCGCAAAGUCAUGCUGGGUGUAGACCGGCUGGAUAUGAUCAAAGGAAUUCCUCAGAAGCUACUAGCUUUUGAGAAAUUUUUGGAGGAGAAUAUUGAAUGGCGAGAUAAGGUAAUCUUCGUGCAGAUUGCUGUGCCGACUCGAACAGACGUGUACGAAUACCAGCGACUGACAAGUCAAGUACACGAGAUCGUGGGGCGAAUUAAUGGUCGUUUUGGAACUCUGACGACCGUUCCCAUCCAUCACCUGGAUCGCUCCCUUGCAUUCCACGAGCUGUGUGCAGUGUACGCGAUCACCGAUGUUGCCCUUAUCACCUCACUGCGCGAUGGCAUGAAUCUUGUGAGCUACGAAUACGUAGCAUGCCAGAAUGACAAGAAGGGAGUGUUGAUAUUGAGUGAGUUUGCAGGAGCUGCACAGUCACUCGGAGCCGGAGCAAUUCUAGUGAAUCCGUGGAAUGUGAGCGAUGUUGCCAUGUCUAUCGAAGAUGCACUCACUAUGUCGGAAUCCGAGAGGAAAGAACGUCACCGUCAUAAUUUCAUGCAUGUGACGACUCAUACAGCUCAAGCUUGGGCAGAUACUUUUGUAAGUGAACUGAACGACACAAUUGUCGAGGCCGAGCUGCGGACUCUGAGAAUUCCUCCCACCCUACCUAAUGAACAGGCUAUCGAGAAGUACAAGGAGUCAAAAAACAGGCUCAUGAUUUUGGGAUUUAAUUCGACCAUGACCGCCCAAGUUGAGGCCCCCAGGAGGCGCGGUCCUGACCAGAUCAAAGAGAUGAAACUGCGUUUGCACCCUGGCCUCGUGGAUGUCUUGGAUGUCCUUUGCUCGGAUCCUCAAACCACCAUAGUGGUACUCAGUGGAAGCGAAAGAGCAGUCCUCGAUGAGGCCUUCGACUCCUUCGAUAUGUGGCUGGCGGCAGAGAACGGAAUGUUCUUGCGACACACACACGGACCUUGGAAGACAACCAUGCCCGAGCAUCUGAAUAUGGAGUGGGUGGAGAGUGUACAGCUAGUCUUUGAGUAUUUUUGUGAAAGAACACCACGAUCAUAUGUCGAGGCUCGGGAUACGUCCCUGGUUUGGAAUUACAAAUACGCCGAUGUCGAGUUCGGCAGAGUCCAAGCCCAGGACAUGCUCCAGCACUUGUGGACUGGUCCUAUCUCCAAUGCUGCAGUCGAUGUCGUCCAAGGCGGAAAGUCCGUCGAAGUCCGGCCAGUGGGCGUCACGAAGGGAGCGGCCAUCGACCGCAUCUUGGGUGAAAUCGUUCACACUAAGCAGAUGAGCACGCCCAUCGACUGCGUAUUUUGCAUAGGGCAUUUUCUGGGGAAGGAUGAGGAUAUCUACACCUUCUUCGAACCGGACCUCCCUCUGGAGCGGGAACCAAGCUUGAAUGGGAAGGCUGAUACGAAAGCAAACCAGUAUGACCGAAGAAUUGGAGCGAGGCAGGCAUGCGACCGAAUGACCAAAAAUUCAAGCAAAGCAGUAGCCCGCCCCAAAAUAUACAUGCAGGUGCAGGCGCCCCCAGAACGGAAUGCAACUCAUGAACGAAAACCUUCUGAUGGAAACGGCGAGGCGGAGAAGGAUGACUCACAUGUAGCAUCAGUUCUGGACCUCAAAGCUGAAAAUUACUUCAGCUGUGCAGUCGGUCGUCAGCGUUCAGCAGCUAGAUACUCCUUGCCAUCAUCAGAAGAUGUUGUCGCCUUCCUUAGAGCUAUCUCUUCCAGCUGUCCCAAGAAGAUCAACAACAGCCAACCGUCACCCAGGUCUCUAACGAAAUAGCUCACCUCAUAGAUCGCAUGCGCUUGAUACCUGACAUCUUCGCGUUUUUGGCUGUUUGAGGUCCGUCUCUGCUUGUCAUCGACCUUUGUAGAUUGUUAGGGUCGUUGCUGGGUUCUGUCAGUUCAUUUGCUGUUCUCGUUGAGUGCUACUUUGCAGCAAUCUGAGUGCAGAUAACGUGACGGGAAGUUUGGCAAGACCCAAUUUUGUUCUUGAUGAACGGGUUGGACGACGAGAGAGGCAUGACAAGGAUGACCUUGCCUAGUCUCAGAAGCAUGGGACCGGAGUCUUGCAUCUAAGUUGAGAAAACUGUCUGGAGUCCGUGAAUGGAUUUAGUGACUGCAGGGAAGAGAGCCAGAGACGUAAGGAUUUCAAAAUACAGAUGUCGAUGAGUUUAGUUAUCGAUGACAGCUCCCCCAUCCACUUUGAUAUUUUGGUGUCAAUGGACUCUAGUACAUGUUUCCCCUUCCUUGUGUGUCCUGGUCCUUCUCUUUUGGGCUGUGUAAUGUUAUGUAGAUAGGUCUGGAGACAACGUACGUACACCGGAGGGUCGUCGAGAUUCCUCCGAGAGCAUCGUAUAAUCCGGUGAUAUAGCUGUGCAUACUUAUCUUUUCCAAUGGAGGAUAAUCCAUGAAUUUAAUGGGGUUAACG